CCUGCUCUGCAUUCCGCGCGUUCCCGGCCAUGGCUAUCGCCUCGCCCUCCCCUCGCUUCCACCUCUCCCUACACCUCCAAAACCCCAACCCAGCCCCCAACCGCAAGCCCCGCCCGGCGCCGACCACCGAGACCAUUCGCCGUCGCCUCCUCCGCAAGGGCGUAUCCGCGACGCCCAAGAUCCUCCACGCCCUCCGCAAGAAGGAGGCCCACAAGUCGCUCCGCCGCGCGAGGAAGGACAUCUCCACCGCCAACGCGCCGCCCAAGGAGCAGACGCUGGUGGAAGAAGAGGAGGCCAGCUUCCGCGCCGCCGCCGAGGAGUACCGCGCUCUGAUGGGGCGGCCCUGGGACGGUGCCCGCAGCGGUGCGGGCCCACCGCGCGUCGCCUCCGGCCAGGAGGGGCUCGAUGGCCUGCGGAAGAUGCUCGAGGGAAGGAGGGGUGGCGGAUUCCAGUGGCUUCUCGACGAAGACGUAGAAAAGGAGGAGGAUGCCAAGGGAAAACAGAGGCGUGUCGGCUCCGGCUGGAUUACAGAAGUAGGGGACGAGGAGAGGAAGAUUGAGCUGCUGCUGACUAGGCUCAGUGGAGUGGACCUAAGUUCGGGUGAUUGGAGGCUUACUAGAAUGAUGAAACAAGCUGACCUGAUAUAUAAUGAAGAUAAUCUACUGCAAAUUCUGAAAGGGCUUGAGGCACAAGGAAACUGGAGGCAGGCUAUUGCUGUAACUGAAUGGGUGUAUAAUGAGAACAGCUACAAGCAUCGACGAAGCAGGUUUGUGUAUACAAAGUUACUCUCAAUCCUUGGGAAAGCAUCGAUGGCAACUGAAGCACUUCGAGUUUUCACCAUGAUGCGGGGAGAUGCUCAAAUAUAUCCUGAUAUGGCUGCAUACCAUAGUAUCGCCGUUACACUUGGUCGAGCUGGCCUUCUCAGUGAGCUAAUUAAGAUAAUAGAUAAUAUGAGACAGAAGCCUUCAAAAAGGGUAAUGGCGAUGCGACGCAAAGAUUGGGAUCCUUUGUUGGAGCCUGAUGUUCUCGUUUAUAACUCGGUUCUAAAUGCAUGCGUACUAUCACAGCAGUGGAAAGGGGUAUUUUGGGUGUUUCAGAAAAUGCGAUUUAGUGGAUUGACGCCUACAGGUGCAACAUUUGGUUUGGCAAUGGAGGUUAUGCUUAAAGCCAAGAAAUAUGAGUUUGUCCAGAAGUUCUUUGAAAAGAUGCAGAGAAAAGGGGUUCCUCCAAGAGCGAUAACUUAUAAAGUGCUAGUAAGAGCCUUCUGGGAACAAGGGAAAGUAAAUGACGCAGUUGAAGCAGUUCAAGACAUGGAACAAAGAGGAGUUGUUGGAGCUGCAAGUGUGUACUAUGAAUUAGCUUGCUGUCUUUGCAAUAAAGGAAGGUGGAAAGAUGCUAUGCUACAGCUUGAGAAGUUGGAACAACUUCGCCUCACUAAGCCACUGGAGUUUGCAUUUACUGGCAUGAUCUUAGCCUCUUAUGAUGGUGGAUAUAUCUCUGAGUGUAUCUCGAUAUUUGAUUCAAUGAAGGACUACUGUACUCCAAAUAUUGGGACCAUAAAUGUCAUGCUAAAAGUGUAUGGGCGUUGUGAUCUGUUUGGGAAGGCAAAAGACUUGUUUGAGACCACCACAUAUAGCUUUUCUAGUUCGCAGCCACAUAUCCAGGAUCAUUCAUCUCUUAAAGCGGAUGCAUAUACAUACAGCUCUAUGCUUGAAGCAUCUGCAUCUGCCCAACAGUGGGAAUAUUUCGAAAAUGUUUAUAGGCAGAUGACUCUCACUCAUCACCAUCUUGAUCAAAGGAAAUAUUCAUGGUUGCUCAUCAAGGCAUCCAGAGCUGGAAAGCCCUAUUUGCUGGAGCAUGCGCUUGAUUCAAUACUUGAAAGAGGGGAAAUGCCUGAUGUGCAGCUGUUCACUGAAAAUAUUUGCCAGACUAUUGCUCAAAGUGACUACGGAAGGACACUGCAUCUCAUGAAUGUUAUGGCUGCGGCUUCAGUCAAUGUCACUGAACUGGAAUGGAGUGAUCUACUUCAGCAAAAUUUGCAUCGAUUCAGUGUGGAUGCGUUGAAAGACCUUAUAAUGCACCUUAGCGCCGGUGAAACCAUCAAAACAGAUCCUGUGCAUGGUUUUGUAAGAGCAUUGCAGUCCCAGUGUGCGACAACCUUGGUGAAAGAGAAAUUUUCUGUGGCUGAUUGUGGUGAUACUGAAGAACCUCAAGUAGAUAAAUGUUCAAAUAGCAAUCUGAUGGACUCAUCGGGCACGAAUAUAUUUCCUGAUGAGAAAGGUAGUAGUGAACUCUCUGAUUGCAGUACUAAUAUCCCUGAAUUAGAUGGCAAAACUGGCUUGGGUGGGGACAUUGUAUUAUGCGAUUCACAUUCUGAAAACAAAGAAAAUGAACAACACAAUCUUGGGCAUUGGGGCAAGCAAGUAUCUGCAAUUGACAGAGUACUUGAUUCCAUGAACUCAUAUGGUAAUAGCAGUUCAUAUGAAAAGAUGCCAGCAGCAUCAGAAAUUCUUGAGUUGUGGGAACAAGAGGGUUUGAAUGACAUAUUUGUUCCGAAAAAAGAAAGCAGAGCAACUAUGAGAGAGUAACUGAAGUGUUGGAGUAUUGUCUGAUGUUACCAGUGUAAUUCUCUGAAACUGGCCUGGUAAAUGAGGAAAUUAUGCAGUUCCAUAAGCUGGAGUCCCAUAGGCUCAUCGGAGAGUUCUAUAGAAGAGUAGGACUACUACUGUUCGGACGGUAGCUUUACUUAUUUGCACAGGUGUUGAUAAGGGCUGCCCCAGAGGUAAAUGCUAAACAUUUUGUAAUAUUUUAGUGACAAAACUGUGUAUUAGCUCAUAUAAGUUGAUCUAGAUCAUUACACCUAGAUAUAUUGAAGGCAUUUAUUCUUUGUAGGUACGGUAUAAAGAACUUUGUUUCAAACUAGCCCCAUCACAUGAAAAUUUA